UAAUAGCUAAACCGAAAGACUUUUUUGACAAUGUGCAAUUUCUCCUUAUUUGUAUAUAAGCAAAUUGUCUCUGUUUCAUAUCAUUCAUAUUCUUGUUAAACCCUUUCGUGUACAAAUAGUGUACAAAUAGUGGGACAUUUAGGCACAGCAAAGCCAGUAAAUUAGGGGCUUAAUAGACAUUAAGCACCGACGCAAUAUCCGCAAUGUCGUCUUUUAAUUGUUUUCUGUCUCAAACUGCCCAAAUAAUGAGAAUUUCCGUUAUUUGCACGCCAGUAGAGACGACUUUUAACUGACAAAACAGCCAUGAUAACAUUAGUUAGCUCAAGACUGGCUUUGCAAGAGUUUGAAUUAGCCUUAUUCAAAAAACAAAAAGGAAGAAACACAAAAUUUUCCAGUUUUCUAAAUACUGAAAGAUGCUCUAAAUGACGGCACUCUCCCCUUUCACCGCUAUUUAUGUGGCGCUAUUUCUCCAUAUUGAAGUUCAAACAUCUAAAAUGAACGACUUCGACCUGGCUUUCGGCUACGGUGGAGGGUACUACGAACUAUUCGCUCCCAUGGCUAGUCACGUGGAUAAUCACGUGCCCGCUGGAGUGUGUUUCUGGGAGGCGCUAAAGUGCAGUGUUAACUCAUCCACCGUACUGAAGAUAUUCCGCAUGCAUAAAAUACCAAACAGCAAAGCGACACACACCCUCAGAUACGCCAAGGGUGAAAAUAAUGCGAGUAUUUCUAUGGAUGGAUUCAGGAUACCUUACGUCGCGGUGCCCAAGCAAGGCUGGCAGUUCGUCUGCACGUUCUGGAACGAUUCUCACUUCACCGUCUAUAUCAACAGUAAACAGAGCUUUGAAGCCACAAGGAGGAUUCCCACAAAGCACCACAACCACACCGAUAACAUCAUGGUCCUCUCCAUAACAACAGACCCCGGAUGUGUAGGAAGAGUCACGUGUUUGAAUAUCUGGAGGACUGGGCUGAGUUUUAAUAACAUAGAGUUCUUGUAUCGUACUAAAUCGUGUCCUGCGGUUUUUGGAACCGUGAUAGAGUGGGCACGAGCAAGAGGUGGAUUCAUUAGCGGGACUGCUGAGAUUAAGGCCCCGUCACAUCUAACGAGAUUCAAAGACACUAAACAAUUCCGUAGACCCUCCCUUCCCACGACCUGCCCGUCACCUCCCCCUACCGAUCAUCAAGAUAUGAAGAACGUCACCCUUAACAUGGCCGCCCCAGGUCACAUGACCAUGACGUCACACCGAGUCUUCACCAGGCUGCAAUGUGGGGACCACUGCAUGAGACAUGCGCACUGUAGGGGGUAUAACUACCAGCACUGCGGGGGGUCAGGGGACGUCAAGAUAUGUGAAAUCGUAGGGGAACAACCGCGCAUGCUCCAAUCGAGAGACUGCUUUGCCUUUUACAGCUUCAAUGCGACCGCGUUUCGUCAGAUAUUGCUUGCAGAGUGCACAAAAACCUAGUCAUCCAUGAAACAGAAGACGAUCUUGUGCGGGAGUCGUUGUGAGGAAGUCGAGGCCUAUUAUAUGAGGUGUUAUUACACCGUAAAAUUCAUCAGGAAUAUGGAUGCUUUGUAUUCACUUAAUGUAUAACCAUGGCAACGGUGGUCAAAGUAGCUCUUAUUAUGUCUGACCGCCUUAGGCCACAACCGCCUGAUUAAACUCGUCCUACGCUCUUCCUAAACGAACAUGUCCAGGGCCGUAGCAGGGGGUGGAGCACUGGGGGCACUCGCCCUCCCCCCCCCCUCCAGUAUUUU